UUACAGGCGUGAGCCCCCGCGCCCGGCCACCAAAACACUUCUGGUCCCAGGCAUUUGGGAUAAGGGAUACUCAGGCUGAACAAGGAACGUCUGUGCACGUUUUUAGCAGCUGUUGCUGUUACACUAAAUAGACUCCAUGGUUAACUUGUCCCUAAAAUAACCUUCACGUCCUGAGGUCUGAGAUCUGCUGGGAGCAGUGCUGGAAGCCCUAUUUCCCCACGCGAGAGAGGCGCCAGCAUCCCUCAUUUACAGGAGGAAUUCGAGACUUGGUGAGGACGUCCCACAGCCCGGAUUUGAACCCAGGCUUGGAUUCCGAGGCCCACGUACUUGCUCCACAGUGCCUUCUGCUGGCCACCUUCUCUGCCCUCAAAGAUUGCUGUAACCAGAAGUGGAUGAGCAUUUCGAGGAGGAAUGCUCCCCGCACAAGCCGAGGUGUUUGCAGGGUAUCCCAGACUCCACUUUGGUGUCCCUGGAGUGCCCAUGCCAGCGACCUUUUGGUGGCUCUCUUACCCCAGUUGGAACUGUCGCCAAGUGUGUCCCCAUCGUGGGGAGAGGAAGAGAGGAAGUGGAUUAGCGGCGUCAGGCCUUGCGGAGGUGUACUCGCACCGUCCUGCGCUACGGUCUCAGAAGCAGGAGGACGCUUUCCGGGAGCCAGCUGCUGUGGCACCUGCAGCAGUUUCAGCAGUUGGAUAGCUCCAGCCGCCCUGUCACACCCUCACUCCUCAUCCACUCCAAAAUUCAACGCAGCAUGCCAGGCCCCAGCAGAAAUUGUUCUGACUGCUGGCGUUCUGCAAGGUGGAGCCAGGAGGAGAGCCCCCAGGUGCCAAGGAGAGCAGUGCCCUGAUGGAGGCCCUUGCAGGAGUUUCCAUCACAUCUGCACCCUCCACAUUCUUGAAAGGUGCAGCCGGGACUCAGCCGCUUCUCUUCCGUUGCCACAGCAGACUGCCUGCAGGCAGAGAAGUCCCGCUCAGUUGCUGUGCUGGUCUCGGGGGCUCCUGUCCUCCCACUGCCGCUCCUGGCUGAGCCCUCCUGCCUCCUAUGCAGGCCGAGUUGUGAAGGCUGCUUUCCUGGCGCAGGCCCCAAGUGGCAGCCGAUCAGCUGAGGUGCAGGCAGCUCGGAGUACGGAGCCUGCACCAGAGCCAGGCGCUCCCGAGGGAGAGGGCCACAGAGGGGGGCCUCCCCGGGCGCUGGGGUCUCUUGGCCUUUGUGAAAACGAGGAAGCCAGACAGAGGCCCAGAGGUUCCCCUCGAGGUCCGGUCAUUUCUGAGAAAGCUGGAGGACAGAGUGGCCGCGAGUCAGACGUCCCUCCGAACUUAGGCCCGGGAGCAGAGGGCAGGGGCGGCUGGAAGGGGCGGCCUUUCCCGUGCAGCGCCUGUGGCCGCAGCUUCAAGUGCUCCUCGGACGCCGCGAAGCACCGGAGCAUCCACUCGGGGGAGAAGCCGUACGAGUGCAGCGACUGCGGGAAGGCCUUCAUCCACAGCUCGCACGUGGUCCGACACCAGCGGGCGCACAGCGGGGAGAGGCCCUAUGCGUGCGCCGAGUGCGGCAAGGCCUUCAGCCAGAGCUUCAACCUCCUCCGGCACCAGCGCGUGCACACGGGCGAGAAGCCCUACGCGUGCGCCGACUGUGGCAAGGCUUUCGGCCAGAGGUCGGACGCCGCCAAGCACCGCCGCACCCACACCGGGGAGAGGCUGUACGCGUGCGGCGAGUGCGGGAAGCGCUUCCUGCACAGCUCGAACGUGGUCCGGCACCGGCGGACCCACCACGGGGAGAACCCGUACGAGUGCCGGGAGUGCGGCCAGGCCUUCAGCCAGAGCUCCAACCUCCUCCAGCACCAGCGCGUGCACACGGGGGAGCGGCCCUUCGCCUGCCAGGACUGCGGCCGCGCCUUCAGCCGCAGCUCCUUCCUCCGCGAGCACCGCCGCAUCCACACCGGGGAGAAGCCCCACGAGUGCGGCCACUGCGGGCGCGCGUUCCGGGCGCUGUCGGGCUUCUUCCGGCACCAGCGGCUCCACACGGGCGAGAAGCCGUUCCGCUGCACCGAGUGCGGCCGCGCCUUUCGCCUGAGCUUCCACCUCAUCCAGCACCAGCGGGUGCACGGCGCCGAGUGAGCCGGGGCUGCCGCUGAAGAGAUGCCAGCGGCUUGGUGGGCGUAAGGCCGAGGCCGGGUGAGUCCUGUCCGCACCAUGCACGGUGAGGAAGUAACAACCGGCUGCUCGCCUGGUUCUCGGGCUGCAGAAGCCUCGCCCAGCCUGCAUCUGCCUUGGCUCGGGAGCAGUCAGGAGAGACAGGGCUCGGCGAAGGUGAGCGCUGCCCAUGGGAGGCGAUUCCCAGAGGCGGGGAGGUCUCAGGCCGGCCGCCCGCUGCUGAGACGCCUCCCCUCCCGCGGUCAGCUGCAGCGAAGGUCUCAUCUGCUGGGGUGUAGUGGCCGGUGAUUGAAUGGGUCAUUCCUACGCAGCCAGGUUGGUCAAGGCGGGCUGGGGGGGGUGCAGUUAGGAAGGGGGCCUCACGCCCUCCCCCCGUACCUUGCCGGCAAGCAGUUCAUCCAUGUCUUUCAACGCCUUUUCACAGCUGGUUGCUAUGGUCCCGAGUUCUGUGUGCUUAGAAAAUUAUGGAACUUGGCCGGGCGCGGUGGCUCCUGCUUGUAAUCCCAGCACUUCGGGAGGCCGAGGCAGGCGGAUCACGCAGUCAAGAGAUCGAGACCAUCCUGACCAACAUGGUGAAACCCUGUCUCUACUAAAAAUACAAAAAGCCGGGCGUGGUGGCGCGCGCCUGUAAUCCCAGCUGCUCGGGAGCCUGGGGCAGAAGAAUCGCUUGAACCCGGGUGGCGGAGGCUGCAGUGAGCUGAGAUUUCGCCACUGCACUCCAGCCUGGGCGACAGAGCGAGAUGCCAUCUCAAAAAACAAAAAAUUAUGGAACCUGAGAAGGGGGUCGUGGGGACCCCAGGGCCCACUGUCUGCACUUGGCAUCUGAAGUGGGGGUGGUCUUGUGGGACUGACCCCUUACCCUGUGGGUUCUGCACUAACUCCGGGUUCUGCACUAACUCUUGGUGUCAGAAUCGAGUUAAAUCGAAGGACAUCUCGUUGGUGUCUGAGAGUUGGAGAGCUGGUUGGUAUGGAGGGAAAGGCUCACAGCCACGUGAUGUCAGAAGGGUUCUGUGGGUAGAGGAAUCGUUUUGUCUUUGAGACUGUUAUGAGUAUGUACAAAUGUUAUUUCCUGUAAAAUAUUUUCAUUUUUUAAAAUGUUAUUUCCGAGAUAGAAAAGUGGAGGUGUCUGUUUGGGGAACGUUUUUGGGUGCGUAUAGUAAAGCACGGUCACCAUGAA